AAACACAACACAACUCAUCUUGUAGUCUAAUAUGUCUGCUUUUGCUUUCCAAGUAAGCUGCUUUUUUUCUCCCACAAGUCCCAACCCAUCUUGUCUCUGCAAACAAAUUUAAAUUGCGCAAACUUGCUGUUCCUGCAUUGACAACUCUUCAGAAUCUCUACAAGUUCAGUGUGUGCUCAUUGCUAGCAAGAAAAAUCCCCAACCCAUCCAAUCUAAUCAACAAUCUUCAGGUAAACCCUUUUUGGUCUUCUGUUCUAAUGUCCUUCUGAGUUGCUUAUUAGGCCAUCUCCAACGCUAAGGUCCACACUCAAACUUUUACGGAGCUCUAAACAACUUUUAGUCAUUUCAAUAGCCAAUUCCCUCAACUCUGCAGUACUAAAUUUAGCACCUCAGCUAUAUUAAUUGUCGCGCACCUGUUUUAGCCUCAGUUAAUAUUUUUCGUUAACAUCUUUGUCUUUUAAUCUUUGUGUUGAUCUCUAGGGCAUAUAGUUUUGAAUUAUUUGCCAGAUUUUGCUUGCGAAGCAAGAAAAGUAUGAUAUUGAGAAUGUGAGUAUUGGGUGCGUGGGUGGGUGGGUUUUAGAAUCCAGAUUAGUGAUGGGGUCUCAAGUCAGUCCUAAAACUUGGAUACCAUAUAUGAACACAAACGAUUGUUCUCAAGGCUUUUGUAGUUUGUAUUGCCCACAGUGGUGUUACAUCACAAUACCACCCCCACCUGCCCUUGAGUUUCCUAGAGACGAUUCAUCGUCUUCGUCUCCAAAUUUCUCUCCUCUUGUUAUUGCAAUUAUUGGCAUUUUGGUCAGUGCCUUUCUUCUUGUGAGCUACUACGCCGUAAUCUCCAAGUACUGUGGCAACGAGGACCGGAGGAGAGCAAGAAGAGAAAGUCCUGGCCUGAAUGAGGAGCUCGAUGACACUUACAACCCGUCGAUCCAUGAGCCAUGGCAUGUAGCAACGGCUGGCUUAGAUGAGGAUUUGAUUAAGUCAUUAACAGUUUGUAAGUACAAGAAAGGAGAUGGAUUGGUUGAAGGAACAGAUUGUUCGGUUUGUUUGAGUGAGUUUGAAGAAGAUGAGAGCCUGAGGCUGUUGCCUAAAUGCAAUCACGCUUUCCAUCUCCCUUGCAUUGAUACAUGGCUUAAAUCUCACUCCAAUUGCCCUUUGUGUCGCGCUAACGUAGUUUCUGUUUCUGCAAAUGCUUUUCAAUUGCAUCCCAAUGCAGUGUCUGAAAGUCCUCGAUUAACCGAUCAUGAUACAUCAUCAUUUGCUGAAAGCCAAGGAGCAAAUGAAAAUGCGGUAACGGCACAAGAUUCAGAAAGGGGUUCUUCUCAAAACGUGGAUGUAAUUCGUGGAGAUGAAGUUAUUCCGAAGACAUCAUCAGUACGUGCUUUUAGUGAUUUGGGAAAUGCAGAAGGGAGAGAGAGUACCAUCAUUGAGAUUGGAGGAGACCAUGAGGGAUGUCAUCAAGUAGUUAGAAGGUCAGUUUCCAUGGACGAUUCACGUGGGAACCGUGUUUUAGUCGCAGAUAUUAUUUGCAUGAAUGACGAGUACGAUGAAGAGGACAAUGAUAUAGAUCAUGUGGGAGGCUCAGAUGAUGUUGCUGGUCCUUCGAAACGGUCCGCUGGAGGAGUAGGAAAAUCUAGCCAUAGAAAAGGAGUACUCCUGCAUUGUGUUAUGAGUCCAGUUGCAAUGAAGAGAUCAUUUUCAAGCGGAAGAUUCUUUCAAAUUAGGCCUUCAAGAGCAGGGCAUACAGUAAUUCCUCCAGUCUAGAAAACUACUAUUGUGGGAAUUCGGAUUAAAGUGGAAAACCAAAGAUUUUGUUCUGAAUUAGGUAUUAUAUUUAUCUGUUUACAAUCCAUUGUCCGACUUCACAUGAGAUUUAAAAUCGAAAAAUUGUUGCGUACGACGAGUGCAUAGAAUGUCCUUUUUAGGUUAUAAGACCAACAAUGAAGUGUUAUUAUUUUUAGACGGAUAUGGUAUACGCAAAUGGUAUGCAAAUAUUUCUCUGAUUAAUAUAUUGUUUCUUUUGGAGUA